GUGCGUUGUCUGUGUUGAUGAUUCAGACCUUUAGUUUUUUUGAUGAUUGGCGAUAUCACAGGGUGAUUAGCGGGUAUCGUGUGAUAAAUUUUGCGGUUUUGUGAUAGGAGUGUGUUUUAUUCAGUCCGUCUGACCUCUAGGACAUAUUUUUAUUGGUGAUCAAUAUUCAUGUGUGUGCGCAGCGAUACAAGUGAUAGACAUUAUAAGAACUGUUGUUGUAAGACGAGAACGAGGGACGAGAGAUAACAUUACAUAUAUAUAAAGAACAAGAAACAAUAUCCUGUUUUUGUGUGGUACUACCUCUCGAUUAUACUUGCAUUAGUGAAUAUCAUUAAGUGAGUGCGGACAACGGAGAUUUGGUGGCCCUGCCGACCAUGGAAAACAAAAUGCAUGACAAGGAACAGCUCAGUCUAUACCUGGAGUCCGAGGAGGAGGCUCACGCUUGGUCCAACAUGUUGAGGGAGACCACGGUGCAUCGGUCGCUGGCACUCGAAGGACUCAAUUUAGAGUGCGGCGUGGCAGAUUAUCCCUCCCCAGGCGCCGAAGGAGACGUGUCCGGUUGCGAGUCCUUCGACGGCGAGGAGGAGGAGGAGGAGGAGGAGGAAGAGGAAGAAGAGGAAGAGAAAGAGGAAUUUUCCCAGGAAGACUUGGACUCUUUCCUCGAUUUCCUUCACCCUCUUUACUGUGUAGACGAUGAUACAGCGAGCGGCGACUCCUGCGAGACAGAGAGCCAGGAGGACGAGGACUCCGAAGGGCGCGCUAGGGACGCCCCCGACGCCGACAUGCCUGGAGGAGUCCGUCUGCGCCACACCCGUCGCCGCCUUCACCCAGGGGCCUGCGACGACCCGACCCGUAGAGAGCUCCUGCAGCAGAUGUUGGCCACGAAGUCCCUGCUGGAGAAGAAGCAGAAGAAUAGGAAGUCCGGCGCCGGUGCUUGGGUCGUGACAGCGGGCGAAGUAGUGAACGAAUACGACCGAGCUCAGCACGAGGCUCAGCAAUCGGCACUCCGGAAAGCCGUACUACUCCGCCAGAGGAAAAACUCCACGGCCAUAAAGAUGGCGACACUGGAGAGGCAGUACCUGUCCUCUAUCAAACGAUCUCGGGAGAGCGGCGUGGAAAUGCAGAUCGAAGCCCUACGAAACAGGCUCUCCUCCCUCGACUCCCAGCUGAAGGAGAGUGAGCAGAACACGGAGAAGACCCUGCAGGAUCUCGAGGAGAAGAGGAACCAGGAGCUACAUAUCAUCAAGGAUCUGGGUGGUGUGGAUGACGACCUCCGCGACGAACUUGGGGGAGUACCAAGAAAUUCCGGCAGCGACGAGGGAGGUUCAUUGAAAAGCUCACUCGGGGGUUCACUUAGGGGUUCUCUGUCGUCCCUCCCUUCCAUUGUGAUCACCGGGGAGAGAAAGACACCCGAGAAACUCUUUGGGUUUAAGGUCGGCAAUCGGGAAGGGCGGCUCAAAGGGCGCAACCCACUCCACUUCCUCGACAUCAAGCUGAGGGUUUCGCGUCGACACAAGAGCUCCGAGAACCUCGCGACGCCAUCCGACCCCAUCGCCGAGAGAUCGCACAGCAGCACCCCAGCCAACAUCUCCUGCAGCGAGAACAGCAGCGACGAGGAAUUGGAUCAGCACAGCAACGGCGGCCGCCACCACCUCGCGCCCCACCAAGGCCACCCCAAGGAGGACCCCGCCAUCAGGACGGAGAUCAGCAAGGAUGCUCUGGAGGAGAUCGAAGCCUUUAAGAACCUGAUCGAACGCUACUUCUCGACGCACCCUCGCCACGACACCAUCACCACGCACUCUCAGGAAAUCGUUCUUUAAGAUGAAAUGAAGUGGAUUUUGAGAUGGAAAAUUAUAAAGAAAGAAAGAAA